AUGCUCUCUCUUUAUCUCCUCUGUCCUCUACACUCGCACCACUCGCUUGAUAUUACUUUGAGGAUUAGCAGCUUUCAGAUGAGAUCCAAGCACUCUAUCAGCCGUGCUCAAAAUGUGAGCUCUGAAAGGCCACUUAGGCAAUUCGUUACAGGUAAAGACAAGUCAGCUGGUAGAAAUUCAAAGGGUCGUAUCACAAUUUUCCACAGAGGGGGAGGGGCAAAACGGUUACAAAGAACAAUUGACCUAAAACGCAACACGUCAUCAGUAGGUGUAGUUGAACGAAUCGAAUACGACCCAAAUCGCACUUCACGGAUCGCAGUGGUCAGAUGGGUCGAAGGGGCAGCCGUUGACCGCCCGAAAAAAGUCAACUCCCUCCAAAAAAACUUCAUCCCACCCCCAAGAUCCUACCCUCCAUCUCCAUCAAAGGUCAGUUUUCAUUCUCUUCAAUUCCCGGAAUGUUAG